CAAUUUUCUGAUUGUUAUUGGAUUUAAUCAAAUUAAUGGUAUUUCUGAUUCUUGAUUAAUAUGAUAUUAUGAAGAAUCAACUAGAUUACAUCAUAAAUAUUAACAAUUAAAGUGAACAACAAAUCUUUAAGAUCAUUUUGAUACAAUUAAUCUGAUGAACCUGAGCAUUGAUUAACAAUUAAACACUCCCAGACUCUGGUCCCAGAAAGUGAUUAAACAAUUAAAAUCUAAUAUAAAUACUCAAUCAAUUUACCAGUUGAUCAACAAUCAACAAAUUGAAAAGUUUCAAUCUACAUCAAAGUUUUAAACAAUUUUCUCGAUCGACCGAUUCCUCGAAAUGUCCAUCAAAUUGUAUCAUAAUAAACUAUCUGGACCCGCUCGAGUUAUUCGGAUCAUAAUUAAGCUUCUUAAUCUGGAUGUUGACGAAAUUGAGAUUAAUUUAUCAACUGGUGAACAUCUUAAGCCAGAAUUUAUCUCCAUCAAUCCUUUCCAUGUGGUUCCAACUCUUGUUGAUGGCGAUUUCACUCUUUGGGAAAGUCGAGCUAUUCUGACCUACCUCGUUGAUAAACUCGCCCCAGGGAGUUUACUUUAUCCAGCUGAUCUCAAGGCUCGAGCCACGAUCAACAGGUGGUUAUAUUGGGACGCUGGUACUUUAUAUGCGACUUUGGGUGCUUAUUAUGGACCCAUUUUCCAUGGUGGUUCCCUGGUCCCUGAAGUUGCCGAAGCAUUUAAGGUGAAAGCCAAAGAUUUGGACAUUGCACUGGAAGCGACAAAAUAUAUCGCUGGUGAUUCAUUGACAGUCGCUGACAUUUCAAUCGGUGUUACAAUUACCUUAGCUUCUGCUGUUGGAAUUGACUUAGACAAUUUAACUAAUGUUAAUCGAUGGUUGAAACAAUUAGAAAAUGAUUUACCACAAUCAGUUUGGUUCAGUUUACUAGUUGAACCUAAUAAAGAUCUCGGUCAGUUUGUUAAAUCAAAGGUUCUCUCCACAAUGGUUAUCCAAUUGUACCAUAGUAAAAUAUCUGGACCUUCUCGGUCAGUUCGAGUUUUAAUUAAACUUAUCGGUGUAAAAGUUGAAGAAAAGGAGAUUGAUGUAUUUGCUGGUGACAACCUCAAGCCAGAAUUUACCUCGAUCAAUCCAUUCCAUGUGGUUCCAACUCUUGUUGAUGGCGAUUUCACUCUUUGGGAAAGUCGAGCUAUUCUGACCUACCUCGUUGAUAAACUCGCCCCAGGUAAUUCACUCUAUCCAGCUGAUCUCAAGGCUCGAGCCACGAUCAACAGGUGGUUAUAUUGGGACGCUGGUACUUUGUUUACUUUGUUAGUUACUCAUUUGGAAACUAUUUUCAGGGGAAAUUCCCCAGUUCCUGAAGCUGCUGAACUGUUCAAAACAAAAGCUAAAGAUCUUGAUAAAUCAUUAGAAAGUACUAAAUAUGUUGCUGGUGAUUCGUUAACUUUAGCCGAUCUCACAAUCAGUGUUAAUAUCACCUUGGCUUCCGCUGUUGGAAUUGACCUUUCAAACCUUACCAAUGUUGACCGAUGGCUUAAACAGGUAGAAAGUGACCUAACCUCGGAGACUUGGUCAACUUUGGUCAUCGAACCAGCUAAUAUUGUUCAUGGUUUAAUCAAAGACAAAAUUACAUCUUGAUUGCAGUUCGUGAUAAAUUGGGUGUCCAAGUCUCUAAACUUUAGUUGAAAAACUUUUGUAAACACUGCCCAAAGUAAAAUUAUUUUAAUAGACAA